GUCAAGAUACUUCAAAUUUCAUUUCCACAUCUGUGACAUCUGUGAUCCAAAUAUCCAAAUCAAUCCAAAAUUAUCCGUAUCCGAUUUCUAAUAUAAAUUUAAUUUUUGAAGUUUGGCUGUGUUUUUGUUGCUUUUAAUUAUAAAACCUCAUUGAGUGAUUAACAAAAUGAAUGACGACGAAAUCAACAUUAUAAGCGGUAACAACUACUCAGAAGUCGCUCUAAUUCUAGAGAAUUUUCUAAAGAUAAACGAUAACGUCUUUACAUUUCCGUUUUUAUUGGACAACAACAGAAGAGUCUCUUUAUGGGCUGCAUUAUUCCAGCAUUUACAAUCAAAAUCUUCGGAGUCCAUUCAUGUUUUGUGUUUAACAACUAUAAGGCUGUUGAGCCGAGAUAAAUCUGAGCUUGAGAACUUGAUUUGUGAGAAGUGGAUCAUAACAUUAAUCGAGAAAGCUGGUUUGUUUAACUUUGUCGAUCCUGAUGAUACUAUGGAUGUUGAUAUGCCUUUAAAGGAAGUGGUCGUUGAGGCCUUGAAAUGUCUGUGCAAUAUAACGUUUAAUAGCGAAGUGGCACGUGCAUUGUGUGCCCACACUAGCAUUGCACAGGGGCUAGUGGCAAGAUUACGUUCAUACAAGGAAAUACCAUUCAAAGAUGACAUAAUGCUGUACGACAUGAAAUUGUUGUUUAUAUUGACUGCACUGAGACAAGACAUAAAAGUCAAAAUAAAAGAUGAAUUGCAUGGGAUGGAUUAUUUGAUAAGUUGUCUCAACGAGCUUGUAUUGGAGGCCUCUGAACCUCAGUGUGAUGUUGCUGGAAGCAGAGAAGUGAUUGAAGAGGCUCACUAUUGCUUUCUUCAGGAUAACCAACUAGCAAUAGUAUGUGAGAUACUAAAGACCCAGUUCAACCUGACACUGCAAAGUGCGGAGAAUGUGAGUGAGGCUGAGGAAAGCAUGUACCUUAAACUGAUGCCUGCCCUCACAGCCCUGUUAUAUGCUCAGACUUCUACACAGGAGUCACUGAUGGAACUCCACAGCAAUAUUGCUAACCUACUGACCAGUGUACCACCAGUAUUUUACCAGUACCUGACUCCAGAGCUGAAUGAUGGUGAAACAGCAUUGUGCAUUUAUGACGGUAGAAACAUGGAUGCUCUUCAUGCAUUGCUUCAGUUACUGCAGUAUAGGCUCUCUAUCACUACAAGCACAAAAAAUCAGUAUGAAAACCUGUCUCCAGUACUGACAGUAUUAAAUAAGAGCGCCCGCGGGUGUCGGGCGCAGCGCAAAUACUUGCGCAUGAUCGUGUUGCCUCCCCUGAGGGACGUGUCCAGACCGCCCGAGCAGGGCCACACUCUCCGCAACCAGCUAUGCCGGCUGCUCACUACGCCCGUCACAUCUGUGCGGGAUCUGGUUGCCGAGUUCCUGUUCAUACUUUGCAAGGAGAAAGUGGGUCGCAUGGUGAAGUACACCGGCUUCGGCAACGCGGCCGGCCACCUGGCGCAGAAGGGCUUGCUGGGCGGCGCGCGCGGGCCCGUACACUACUCCUCCAGCAGCGAGGACUCCGACACCGAGGAGUACCUGCAGGCGCAGCCGGGCAUCGACCCCGUGGUGGGCUGCACCAGGCCGCCGCGCGCCAACCCCUUCGAGGGCAUGUCUGACGAGCAGAAGGAAUUCGAGGCCAUGAAGCUGGUGAACCUGUUGGACAAGAUGAUGACGGAAGGGGUGGUGCGGCCGGCGCGCGUGGGGCCCGACGGCCGGCCCGUGCCCGUCGACCACGUGCUCGAGAUGCGCGACCAUCCGCCCAACCGCCCGCAGUCCUAAACUGUUUAUACCCCGCCAAAGUUCCCUUGAGACCGCUCGGAAGACGUGAACGCGCUGUAUAGUGCCUGGCAAACAACUUGGACCUUAAGCAGCGUAGUGGUAGAAAGUUAGCGAAAGUCGACAUAUCAACCAAUCGCGUGCACUCGCGCCGAUUGAUCAACCAAUCGCGUGCACCCGCCAUUCGCCAGCCAAUGCUCAAGUUGUUUGCCGGGCACUAUACCUACUGCAAAACGGUAGUGUUUAUCGAAUGAGUGUGUGAGUAUCGAACAUCGAUUAAUUUAUUGGGUGCAAAUAAAAUAGUAAAAUGUAUGAUUUUUUUAUAAUACAUUUUAAAAAGUGCGCGCAUUCCGCUGAUCUCAAGUUAACUUUGCUGGGUUAUACGUGCAUACGUGUUGCGUCUGCAACGGAAAGUAACACUAGCAGAAACACAUUAGCAAAAGCGCCCUCCACCCAAAUCCCUAGGCCUCAUUAGCAUAGGCCUUGCACUGAGCAUGAUUGUUGCUAAGCGCAAUAAAAUGCAAUAAAAACCCCACGAGAGGUAACGUGACUUGAUUUGCCAAAUCGAAUAAAAUGAAAUUUAUUGAUGUUUUUAGUAGUAGUAAUUUUUGUGCAUUGGGAUCGCGUAUUGCCAGUAUGCUUCUGGUUCGAGAAAAUGUAUAGGAUUGUAGCAUUUUUUUCGUGAAUAAAUUCUUUGAUUGGAUUAUUGGAUUAAUAAUAUUUCGUGGCUGUGCUUUUUUAUAUAUGUGUCAACUAGGAGAAGAUAACGAGUUAUAGACGAUUAUACAAUGAGUUUUUAUGGAGUAACUAGUACACUCAUAUUGAGUUUCUAUUACCUACUAGCUUAUAUGUAUCCCCCUUGAAUUCGAAUGAAUUGAGUCGAUGCAGUUUUUCACUAGGUAUUACCUUUGGUAUUACCAGUAACACAAAAUGUCUAUGACACAAAUUGACAAAAGACAAAUUGUGUAAAUAGCCUGCACUCCAAUGUUAUUUAUGAAGGAUAUAUUAUAUAAAGGGUACACUUCCCUUAAUAUGCCAAAUAGAGGCAAGAUAGCUUCCCGUACACACACUACGAUAAAAAAUAUUUUAUCGUAAUGUCUUUCGAAAGCAAAUUGUUUGGCCUUGUAAUAUUAGUUCCGUUUCAUUAAAUUAAAUUCUUCAAUUAAACAUUAGAGAUUUUAUAGGUACAUAAAAAGUUGCAAUUUUAAAACUAUAUCUACUUUAGUGUAGUCGCUGUUCGGUGUUCGUAUUUUUCUGCACAUUAUUAUAGAAUGAACCAAAGUUUUGAGAUACUAUAUAGUAUAUACCUACUUUCGAAGUACCUAUUUGUAGUGAUAACUGACCUAGUCAACUAAUUGCGGACUCUGCAAAUGACUGUUACUAUGAAAUAAUGUAGAUUUUGUAGUCCCGUCGGCGUCACUACAGCGUUUCGUGAACAAGAUAUUUCCUUUGGUAGGAUUGAUCCUUAGCACCUAGGGAAGGAUUUAAGAAGUGAAGUCAGCCAGAUUUUAGAUGUAUAAAACUGUUAAAUGUUAAAACGCCGUAUAAAGUAUCUUACAGAUGGGACUAUUGGAUUUCACAUUAUUGUAUUAUAGUCUUAAACGCCCGCGCACAUUAAUUUGGCAACAAUACAUUAUUUUACAAACAUAUUCACAGCUUACUUUGGUAAAACGUUUAUUAAUGUGGGAGAAAAAAUCAACAGACCAGAUCAAAGUAGGAUGCUUGGAACAAACUUUUUAAGGAUCUCCACUUUUAAAGAAAUCCGUAAUAUUAUUAGGUACGGCUUACGGCUUUUUAUGUUGACAAGAAUUCAGGGUCAUUGGGGUUUAAACCGGAUGGUAAAAUAACCCACCCAAUGACUAAAAUGACAUCUGUCAGAAUUCCACCGGAUUAAAAAUCAGACUACUUAUAAGUAAAGUGCGCGGGUCUUACUAUAUUAUGUAAUUUGAAAACAGUCUACGAGGUAUUUUUUUCAAAAGUGUUUUCUAAAUGAGUAUUUAAAACCUCUUGAUAUAUUCUCAUAUCUGGCGAUAAAAAAAAAUAGGUUUAAGAUAAAUAAAUAAUUUAUAAUUCUAUCUAUUUACUUUAGAAUGAUAUAAAUAUAAUAUAAAGAGUUUUAGAAAUCAAUCAUGUACCUAUAUUGAAUUUUCAAAUAUUUAGGUUAAUAUUUUACUUAGCUAUAAGUAUUUCUGUAAUAAAGUAUUUAAAUCUUCUUAAA